AUGUCGUUGACAUGCAACAUGAACGGGAUAGACAAGGUUGGCUGGUCGUAUUUGCUUCAGGCGUUGGCCAUGUCUGAACAGAUGGAGCUAUUCGAAGUGCCUCCAGCGACUACUUCACGCGAAAUGAGAGUAGCCCGUGCUAAUACUGCGUGGGCGGUGUUUUGCUGGCAAGCGUAUGCAUCAUUCUUUCUUCUCUCAUUUUCUCUCUCUCGCUCGUCCUUUCUGACUCAAAGGUCACUCUCUACCCUUGGCGUCUGA